UCACUCAGGUCACUAAUUUUGAAUCUCUCUGAAUCCGAUGGCUAUACAACUCAAGAGAACUACGCAAAGGCAGCAACCCAUGAAUCAAAUUUUCAAAGAUUGCCAAGUGUAAUUUAUCAUCAUGGAAAAGAACAAUGUUGGAGAGGAAGUGCAGAACAAGCAGGUAAUAUUAAGGGACUACGUGAGUGGCUACCCCAGAGAAUCUGACCUAUACACAAGCACAAACACCAUUAAGCUUCAGGUUCCUCAAGGAUCAAAUGGGGUUUUGGUGAAGAAUCUCUACCUUUCUUGUGAUCCAGUCAUGCAAUUCCUAAUGAAGAAGACUGAAUUUCCUAUGUCUGGAUAUAACUACUACGUUCCUGGCUCUCCCAUAAAUGGAUAUGGAGUGGCUAAAGUUUUGGAUUCAGGGCAUCCUAACUUCAGUGCAGGUGACCUUAUAUGGGGAGCAACUGGUUGGGAAGAGUACAGUCUCAUCCAAAAUCCAGAAAAGCUCUUCAAAAUCCAUCACACUGAUGUACCCCUUUCCUACUACACCGGAAUUCUUGGUAUGCCUGGUAUUACUGCAUAUGCUGGUAUCUUUGAAGUUGGUUCUGUAAAGAAAGGAGAAUGUGUUUUCAUAUCAGCAGCAUCUGGUGCUGUUGGUCAACUGGCUGGACAAUAUGCCAAAUUGUUGGGUUGUUAUGUUGUUGGAAGUGCAGGUAGUCAAGAAAAGGUUGAUCUUCUAAAGAACAAGCUUGGGUUUGAUGCUGCUUUUAAUUACAAGGAAGUACCUGACUUGGAUGCAGCCCUCAAAAGGUACUUUCCUGAAGGCAUUGACUUCUACUUUGAGCAAGUUGGGGGCAAAUUGUUUGAUGCAGUGCUCCUGAAUAUGAAGGUUCAUGGUCGUAUAGCUAUCUGUGGAAUGAUUUCACAGUACAAUAUUCCUGAACCUGAAGCCCUAAAGAAUUUGAUGCAUAUUGCAUUCAAGAGACUAAAUAUAAAAGGGUUUACACACCGAGAUCACCAUCAUCUCUAUCCAAAGAUGUUAGAGACUGUGGUGCCUUACAUUAGAGAAAAGAAAGUUAUGUAUGUUGAAGACAUUGUUGAAGGACUUGAGAAUGGGCCACAAGCUCUGGUUGGACUUUUCAGUGGUCGCAACUUUGGAAAACAAAUUGUUGCACUUGCUCACCACUGAUCAUUCAAUUAUCAUUUGUUAAUGUUCUAUGUUCAAUUAGUAGAAAAGAUAUUAGAAUGUACUUUCUUUGUUGUGUCACAGUUACAAUAAAAAAAAAAUGAAAAUGUAAUGUAUUUGGGAAACUUUAUGAUCUGUAUGGAUGUUAAAAUGUGCUAAAUAAAUUGAGAUUUUCAUUAUUCUGUUUUAAGUUUUAA